AUGGCAACCAGUGGAGAGUUUAAGCGAUUAGUAUUGAAGCAGUUUCCGACAACAAACGAGAUCGAAACUGCUGAAAAUACCUAUUGGAAAAAAAUUUCACCACCACAUCAAGUGGCAAUUACAUCAUCUACUCGUAUUCAUCUGUAUAGUACGACAACCAGUGAGAUUAUCAAGACAUUUAGCCGCUUUCGUGACGUCGUGUACUCCGGGACGUUCCGAUCAGAUGGUAAGCUGCUGGUGGCAGGUGGAGAGGCACCUUUUGUUCAAGUAUUGGACAUUAAUACGCGUGCAAUUCUGCGAUCGUUUAAAGGGCAUACGGCUGCUAUUCACAGUACUCGCUUCUCGUUUGAUAAUGUUCACGUGCUUUCGUGUUCUGAUGAUAAGACGGCCCGUUAUUGGGACCUGCCCACGGGUAAACCUUUGUCUCUGCUAGGAGAUCAUACAGAUUACGUGCGCUCGUCAGCAGCUAAUCCUUCAUCCUACAAUAUUUGGGCUACGGGAUCGUACGAUCACACUGUCAAGCUAUGGGACUUGCGCAUGUCAGAUCAGACAGUGUCCAAGAGCACUGUCAGUCUGGAUCACGGUGCCCCAGUGGAGACGUGUAUGAUCAUGCCGGGAGGCAGCUUGCUUCUCUCCGCCGGUGGGAGUACGGUUAAGGUGUGGGACAUUCUAAGCGGUGGACGUCUGCUGCACUCGUUCUCGAGUCACCAGAAGACGAUCACAAGCUUGGGUCUGGAUGGCACUGGCACACGUUUGAUGUCGGGAUCGCUUGAUGGACACCUUAAGAUCUAUGAUGUGAAGACGUACGAGCUGUCUCACGGAUUCAAGUACAAGAGCGGCGUGCUGGCCUUUGGUAUGUCCCCCACAAAUGGUCACCUCUUUGCCGGUACGGUCGAUGGAAUCUUGUCUGUGCGUCGGCGUACUGUGAAAAGAACAGAGCAGAAUGAAAUCAAGACGCGUCAAGCCCUCAUUCGCAGUGGCAGUUACAAAUACUUUCUGCGCGGCAAGAACGCGAAACCGGCUGCUACCGACUUCAUGGUGACUACGACACGUCACAAGCGAAUUCAGCCGUACGACCGGGCUCUGCGGAAGUUUGACUAUAAAAAAGCGCUGAAUGAGGCUUUGGAUACACGAUCACCGGUCAUUGUUGCUAGUAUGCUUGAAGAGUUGCGGCUGCGUGUUGGACUCAAACGUGCGCUAGGAGGUCGUGACGAGGAGUCGCUCGAGCCACUGUUGGCUUUUCUCAUCAAAUACGUGACGGACCCUAAAUACGCUUUGUUGCUUAUUCAUGUGUGCACGAUCGUUUGUGACCUGUACGCGCCAAAGCUCAGCCAGUCCAUGCUUAUCGAUGGCUUGUUCAUCAAGCUACAUGAGAAGCUUAAUGAGGAGCUGCGUGACCAGAAGCAAGUGCUGGGUGUUGUGGGCAUGAUGGACUCGCUCAUGGCUGCACAGUCCAACGGCGCCGUUGGUGUAGAAGCCAGCAAUUAG